AUGGACGACUUUCAGAUUGAAGACUUCGAAGUACGGGGGGAAUUGGACAUUACUGGCAGUGUUCCUAAACUCGAAGGAGCUGUCAACUGGCAGGACUGGGAAGUUUCUCUUAAAAUAGCUCUCGGUGCCAACAAUAGGUUCUACGUGCAUAUCAUUUCACAUGGUAUUGAACGUCCUCUACCCCCUCCCUACCGUGAGAAUUCGACAGAUGCAAUUCGCUCUCUUCUUCAACAAGAAGGUAUCACAGAGAUUAACUCUACCGCUAUUCGUGAGCGCGGAAUUCAGGUUGUCGAGGAAAACAAAUUGCUACGCAAGGCCUACAACGAUAAGUGUUCCAAAUGGGUUACUUGCAACAGCAGGGCUUUUCUCCAAAUGAAGAAGACUCUCGGUGUUAAUGCUUCUUCCUCGGUUGCGCAGAUGACAGGUGUUCGAGAAGCUUAUUUGAAGCUUCGGAAGACAUACUUCACUAUCCCUCACCAACAAUCCUAUGUUCGCUUCACCAAGUUCAACGAUAUGCGAUACGAAGGAGGAGCUGCUUCGGAAUUUGUACGCAAGUUCCAAGGGGCUCUGCGUGAUUUGAAUCAAAUGGCAGGAGAUUUGUCUCCUAUUCUGGAGUUGUGUCACUUCAAGAAAGCUAUUGUUGAUAAUCCUCGCUGUCUCCCUUUCAUGCAAAAUCUCAAGAUUGAUGAGAGAGACGGGCACUUUAUAGACAAGGUUUAUGCUGAAUUCAAGUACACACUUGACCUAAACCCUGCCUAG